GAUGAAAGAAAUUCAACAAAAAAGAAAGAAAUGAAAUUGAAUUUAAGUAACCGAAUCUUUCAUAUCGGAUAUAAUAAUGAUUUACCAUUUACCGGUAUCGAUGAUCAACGACAAACAUUCGAUGGUAUUGAAGUACAAUUAUUGCAAACAUUAUCGGAUUAUUUUAAUUUUCAAAUAAAAUUCAUUAAUUGUCAUGGUGUUUAUGGUUCAUUAUCAACGAAUAGUUCAAAUUGGACCGGUAUUAUUGGAAAAGUUAUGAAUAAUGAAUUUGAUUUAGCUAUUGGCGGUAUAUUACUUAGUUAUGAUCGAUCAUUAGCCAUAAAUUUUCUUUAUCCACAUUGGGUUGAUCAUCUUAGUUUUGCGACACCACCACCAAUAGAAAAUUAUAUUGAUUAUUUAAUUCUAUUACGACCAUUUGAAUGGACAGUUUGGUUUUGUUUAUCAAUGAUUAUGGUUAUAUUUUUUCUAUAUGAUAAUCUAUUUAAACAAUUUUAUCAUCAACAACAACAACAACAUCAACAUGAUAGUUUAUUAUGGAUAAAUCUUACCUAUUUAUUACGUCAACCAUAUUCAUUGUUAAAAAAUUUAUCAAUUUCAAUGAAAAUUAUUGUCAUUUUAUGGAUAUUUGCAACAAUGAUCAUAUCAAAUUUAUAUGGUGGUUUUCUUUAUUCAAUAUUAACCAUACCGAUUAGUUUAACAAUCGAUACAAUCGAUAAAUUAGCAAUUGCAAGUAAACAAAAUCAUAUUAUUGUAUUGGGUUUUCAAAGUACGGAAGUUUAUACAUCAUUAUAUGUUGGUAUUUUUUUUUUGCUGAAAUGCUAUUCCCUGAUAAUGAAUAAUGAUUCUUUCUUUCUUGUUUUUUUCCCAUCAAGCGAUCAAAUAUACGAU